AUGGCAGGAAAAGCAAACCAGCCUGUCCCCAAAGCCCCUUUAUGCCCCAUUCCAUCCAUAGGUGAGCCCUUCGAGCACCUCAUCCUGGAUAUAGUAGGCCCGCUUCCGCCUUCUACCUCAGGGGUGCAGUAUUUGCUCACUAUACUAGUUCGGGUUAGUAGGUACCCAGAAGCGAUCCCCCUUAAGACCAUCACUGCUAAGGUCUUGGUGAAACAUCUGCUCUGGUUCGUCUCGCGAUACGGUCUCCCUAAGACCAUUCAGACGGAUCAGGGAUCGAACUUUAUGUCUCAUUUGUUUCGCCAACAGAUCGCCGACCUGGGAAUCCAACAGAUUACCUCCAGUGCCUACCAUCCCGAGUCUCAAGGAGCUUUGGAGCAUUUUCACCAGACGUUGAAGGGCAUGCUUCGGAAGUUUUGCUAUGACCGGCAGAGUAAGUGGGUUGAAAACCUGCCCUACCUCCUAUUGGCGGUAAGAUCAGUGCCCAAUGAAUCACUAGGAAUCUCCCCAUUCGAGAUGAUUUAUGGUCACUCAGUAAGGGGUCCCUUAGAAGUGGCACGAGACCAUUGGCUAGACAAGGAAACCAACGAAGACGCUGUGGACUGGUUGUCUACAAAUAAAGGCCGGUUGUUCUCUGCGUGGGAAAUGGCUACGAGAACCUUAGAGAGUACGCAAAAAACCACCAAGAGCAGGUAUGAUAAGAGGACCAAACAAAGAGACUUCCUAGUAGGGGAUCUGGUUUUGGUAUGUACACCUACAGUAACUGGAAGUUUGAGCGCCAGAUUUGUAGGUCCUUACCAGGUCUUAAAGAAGGUUACUAAUCACAAUUACCUUCUUAAUACUCCAGAUCGCCGGAAGAAAGAAACUUUGGUUCAUGUUAACAUGAUCAAAAAAUAUGAGGGUCGAGAUACGCUCCCAAUAACAAUAGUGACCACUAAAGAGGACAUUGAGGAAGAGGAAGAGGUAUUAACUAACUCAGAGAUUCUACUUAACUUGCAGGCCAAGUUGACACAUGUGGCCGAAGGACACCAACCAUCAUUGCUGCAAAUGAUCCGAGAGUACAAGACUAUCUUCAGAGAUGUUCCAGGACUAACAUCUGUCCUAUGGCAUGAUGUCGUGCUGGAGGAAGGAGUCCGGCCUAUAAAGCAACACCCUUACCGACUCAACCCCCUGAAGGAAAGGGUGGUGAAAGAUGAGGUUGAAUACAUGCUGAAACACCAUCUGAUAGCCCUGAGCUCGAGCCCAUGGUCAUCCCCGAUACUAUUAGUGCCCAAACCUGGUAAGAAAUACCGUUUUUGUAUUGAUUAUCGCCAGGUGAAUAAGGUCACAGUAGCGGAUACCUAUCCUCUCCCCAGGGUAGAGGAAUGUCUCAAUGCCAUAGGUAAAGCUCGUUACCUGACUAAAUUUGACCUGUUCAAGGGCUAUUGGCAAGUUCCCCUCACGGAGAAGGCCAAACCCAUAUCGGCGUUUGUGACUCCCGACGGGCUGUUUGAAUGUCAGGUGAUGCCAUUCGGGAUGAAAAACGCAGCCUCCACCUUUCAGAGGCUGAUGGGCAUUGUGUUGCGUGAUGUGGAAAACACCUUGAUCUACAUUGAUGAUGUAUUAAUAUAUGAUGUUGAUUGGCAGGAUCAUCUACGUCACAUAGAGGAUUUCUUCAAGGCCAUGCUCCAGUCGGGAUUGGUGGUCAACCUACACAAAUCCGAGUUUGCCAGAACCUCUGUCAUCUUUUUAGGUCAUAAGGUUGGAGGAGGAUGGAUUGCGCCAAAGGCCAGCUAG